GGGGCCGUCUCAAACGCAACGACGUACCUACGCUCUCUCGACUUUGGACCCGAUCACGACUUGAUAUAUCAGGUACCUCUAUUCUGGCUUACAUCUGAAUCUCUCCUCCUUGGUUUCUUACCGGCAUCCCCUGCUUCAAAUCCUCUUCGAGAUAUCGAAGCCGAGCGAGUCGACGGCGCUGAGCAUUGCCCGACAACCCUUGCGCAAGGAUCGACAGCUCCUGUUGGGGGGGGGUUUUUUUUUUCUCAGUCCGCCCUUCCACCGCAAUGCGUCUUUCGUCGGCCGCGCUGGCCGCCGCGAUUCACACGGUCGCUCUCGCGCAGGACCCCCCGCCAAAACGCGGCUUGGUGUUUGUUCCGAAUUCCGCUAGCCCAGAAGAUGACAACAUCUGGGUGCGGCCAGGUUCCGUUCUCAGUUGGUAUUACAACUAUCAAUCGACGCCGUCGGCGGCGUUUGACAACGCACCGCAAGACCAGUUCGAAUUCGUCCCCAUGAUAUGGGGCGCUACCGACGACACCGCCUUCCUCGACUCGGUCCAAGACCAACUCGAUUCCGGGCGGGACAUCAGGCAUGUACUAGGGUUCAACGAGCCUGACUCCCCGUACGGGGGCGGGAGCGGUAUCGCGCCCUCGGUAGCCGCGGAUGUUUGGCUAAGGAAUGUCCAUCCCCUGGCCGCGAGAGGGGUUAGGUUGGGGCUGCCGGCUUGCACCGGGGGACCGGGAGGAAUACCAUGGUUGCAGCAGUUCCUGGGCAACUGCUCUGAGCUUCUCAGCCGCGACGGUGAGAGGAGAAAUUGCACGUAUGAUUUCGUAACAAUACACUGGUAUGGAAACUUUGAGGGAUUGGCGAGUCACAUGGGCUCCUACGCUGCCGAAUUCCCAAAUGUCCCGCAAUGGAUCACCGAGUAUAACUUUGACCAUCAAGACCUUGCAGCAACUCAGAGCUUCUAUAACACCUCUGCCGAGUACCUUGAUCGCAUGGAUUCGGUCGCGCGUUAUAGUUUGUUCGGCUCUUUUCGCUCCGAAGUCAGCAAUGUUGGACCCAACGCUGCUAUGCUGAACAAUGACGGGCGGCUGACAGAUAUCGGCUCGUGGUACCUGGGACUGGGCGCCACGGGCGUGGACCCCAAAUCGGCCGCACCUAGUGCGAGGAUCGGCCGGACACCCCUGAUAGGCGUCGCCGUUCUGGCCCUGAUUACUUGCGUUGCUGUCUUGUAGUUGUGGCGGUUAUACCCGUCGUGGUGCGACGAUUGUGUUGACUGGUUCGGUAGUGUCUCCGAGCCACUUAGAUCUAGCGUGAGAGGGGAGCUGUAUUUCAGUAAAGGGCGUGGCCCGCUCGCUUAGUCAAGGGUUUCAAGCCCAGUGUGUACACGAUCGGGUUAUCCCAGCGUAUAUAAUUAGAAGUUCGUAGCUCCCGGGGGGGGCGUGUGAGCCUAACAGACAUUGGCCAAUUUAGCCAACCUGGGGAUUACGUGACCUGAGACCGUUCCGUACGGAGAAUUAUGGAGGAGCACCGAAUUCAUCCGUAGAAUUCGAGUUAUCCAUCGUUGAAUAGGAUACCGGCGGGUAUCGCAGAGCUUACCCCAGACUUAAAUGUGACUUAAGUGGUAGCGAACACGCGUUACUUAAGGGGGUAGUACUAUAGGUCCCUAAGGGAGGGCCUUAACCCCGUGGGGCGGC